AUAAACAGCCCGGAUCUCUCUCCUCCUAGUGCCGUCACCAUGAAGAAGGCGUGGUUGGACCACAGUGGAGCCGGGCAUGUUCAAACAUAUCCAGGCAGACCAGCACUACCAGCCUCCACGGAGUGUUGUCAUUGCGCAUGGAUUGGAUUUACGCACACUACAUGAGGAGCUGUUGUAUUAAUGUCAGCUCAAGCAGAUGUGUUUUCCGAUGAGAUGAGUAUUUAAUGGGUACAUCUUGAGACGCAUCACUGCUGAAGACUAGUCUUAACUUUUUGGCUCAGUGUGGUCAUGUCUUACCCGGCCAAAGUGAUGAGAGACGGGCUGCUGGAGAAGCGCAGCAGCGGACUCCUCCAGCUGUGGAAGAAGAAGCGCUGCGUGCUCACAGAGGAAGGACUCCGGCUGCACAACUGCAAAGGUGGAGGUGGAGGUGAUGCUGGAGGUGUGUGGAGCUCCAGAGCCAAGGAGCUCCGCUUUGAGCGCAUGGCCACGGUGGACUGCGUGGAGUACAAGCGAGGGCUGGUGUAUUUCACCGUGGUCAUGGCGACGGGGAAGGAGAUUGACUUCCGGUGUCCGCAGGACGGCACCGCGUGGAACGCAGAGAUCGCUCUGGCUCUGGUGAGACACAAGAACCUGCAGGCCGUGCAGACGGGACGGAACAGACACCUGUCCACGGUGCACCUGGGCAGCACUGGGGAGGAUGAGGAGCUCUGACCUGGCUUUCUACUUUUUCUUGGGAGUGAACCAAUCAGAGUGGAGAAGGGUAGAGGACGCAAGAUCCAUCAGCUUGAUGAUGGGAUGUACAGAACGGCCAUCGGUGAAUAUGGAUUAAAGGACCGAGAACAAGUGUCGUAGACGCUCUUCUUGUCUUACAUGACUUUAUUCAUACAAAGGAAUCUGAUAUACUGUAUGGAUAAAAGAGUUUUUUUCUGAGGUCAUCGUGGAGGCCGCUUCAUAAGGAAAAGAUGCCGUUGUUUGAACAGAGACUGUGGAGCAGGGACACUCUUUAACCUUUGUGCCUUGAUGUUUCAACAAAUAUCUUCCAUUUUCCUUCCACGUUUUCUAACGAAACAGGAGUCACUUUAUUUCUUCAGUCUUGCUUUUGAUGGGAACGCAUCGCUGUCCGACUGGCUUUGAAUUAAACUUUUGCUAUUGACUGAACAGAUCUGCAUGCUUUUUCUAAAGUUGAACAUGAAGAAGAGAAUAUUUUCGCUCAUAUUCAUUGCACAUUGUAUUCUAUAUAUUUGCUGAAACCAUGUACAGUAUUACACACUUUAAGAUUAAACACAUUUUUGUCGGUAA